AUGCAGCCAAGGGAGAGGAUGUUGACUUUGGCCUUGACUCUGCUGGUGGCAGGGAGCUUGGGGAGAGCCCAGCAGAGCAUCUCCUGGGAGGUGCAGCGCUACGACGGGUGGUACAACAGCCUGCAGCACCACAGCCGCGGCGCCGCCGGUGCCAGGCUGCAGCGCCUGCUGCCGGCCGACUACGCGGACGGGGUGUACCAGGCGCCGCAGGAGCCGCGGGUGCCCAACGCGCGGCGGCUGAGCCGGGCGGCGGCGCAGGGCCCCUCGGGGCUGCCCUCCCGCAGGAACACCACGGUCCUGGCUGUCUUCUUCGGUUUCCAUGUGCUGUUGGACAUCCUGGGGACAGAGAAGGCUGGCUGCCCUGCUGAGUUCCUGAACAUCCACAUCCCAGCUGGAGACCCAGUGUUUGACCCUGCAGGCAGUGGGGAGGUGGUGCUGCCCUUCCAGCGCAUCAGCUGGGCACCGGAGACCGGGCAGAGCCCCAACAGCCCCCGGCAGCAGACCAACGAGGUGACAGGCUGGCUGGACGGCAGCGCCAUCUACGGCCCCUCGCACGCCUGGAGCGAUGCCCUGCGGAGCUUCUCCGGGGGCCGGCUGGCGGCGGGGCCCGGCGGCCAGCUCCCGAGGGAAACCGACGGCAGGAUCCCCAUGUGGAAGGCGCUGGACCCGGCCACGGGGCGGGGGGGGCCACGGGGGAUCUACGACCUGGGCAGCGCCUGGGGGAACGAGAGCCCUUUCCUGCAGGCCCUGGGCAUCACCUGGUUUCGCUACCACAACCACCUGGCAGCGGGGCUGGCGCGGGCGCACCCCUCCUGGAGCGACGAGGACCUCUUCCAGCACGCUCGCAAGCAGGUCAUUGCCACCUUCCAGAGCAUCGUGCUGUACGAGUGGCUGCCCGCCCUGCUGGGGACACGCGUCCCGGACUACCCAGGUUACCAGCAGCACCUGGACCCCAGCCUCUCCCCGGAGUUUGUGGUGGCUGUGGGGCAGUUCCUGGCCACCAUGGUGCCCCCGGGCGUGUACAAGAGGACCCCAAAGUGCCAGUUCCAGAGGGUUCCUGGCCCCAACAGCUCCUUCCCAGCCAUGAGGCUCUGCAACAGCUACUGGAGCAGAGAGCUGCCGCAGGCAGAUGCCGUGGAGGUGGACAACCUGCUGCUGGGGAUGAGCUCCCAGAUCGCAGAGAGGGAGGACCACAUCGUGGUGGAGGAUCUGCAAGACUUCUGGUACGGGCCCCUGCGGUACUCCCGCAGCGACCUGGUGGCCAGCCGGCUGCAGCGCGCCCGCGACCUGGGGCUGCCCUCCUACAACCGCGCCCGGCGGCGCUUCGGCCUCCGCCCCCUCCGCAGCUGGACGGACCUCGGCACACACCUGCCGCCGCAGGUCCUGGCAGAGGUGGCUGCCCUGUACGGCAACGACACGGCUGGGCUGGAGCUGCUGCCCGGGGGCAUGCUGGAGGCUGACAGCUCCCUCUUCAGCGCCAUCAUCCUGGAGCAGUUCGUGCGGCUGCGGGACGGCGACAGGUUCUGGUUUGAGAACACCCACAACGGGUUGUUCACGGAGCAGGAAGCCCUCAGGAUCCGGAACACCUCCUUCCGUGACGUCCUGGCUGCUGUCACCCACGCAGAGCACACAGACCUCCAGGCACAGGUCUUCUCCUGGAGCCAGGGGGACCCCUGCCCCCAGCCCCAGCAGCUGGCAGCUCAGCACCUGGCCAACUGCACUCCCCUGGUGGUGUUGGACUACUUCGCCGGCAGCGGCCCUGGCUUCGGGCUCACCAUCGUCCUGCUCUGCUGCCUGCCUCUAGUGACCCUCUUCGUGGCCUGGGUGGUUGCCGCUCUCCGCAAGAGGGAUUUCCGACGGCUGCAGAGGAAGCACAGCUGCAGCGUGCGCAGGGAGGUGACCGGCGAGGCGCUGCAGGCCAUGGAGUGGCACGGCCCCAGGACAGACAGAACUCUGGUCUACAUCCAGCUCCCAGCCGACAGGGUGCUGAAGGUGCUGGACGGGAGAGGCUCUGUGCUGCGCAGCAUCAACCUGGGAGCCCAGCCCAGGGUGGAGGUGAUCCUCUCCAACAGCAAAGGCAGCAGAGCUCUGCUCCUGAAGAGCCCCAAGGAGUAUGACCUGGUGCUGUUCUUCAGCCAGGAGGCAGAGAGGGACAUCUUCCUGGGCAAGCUGCAGGGCUGCCUGCAGGGCAGCGGCCUGCAGCUGCACCUCUCCCAGAUGAGGGAGCAGAGCCUGCUGAGGCUGGCGGUUACCCAGCAGCAGAGGAAGCAGCUGCUGGAGACCUUCUUCAGGCACCUCUUUGCUCAGGUGCUGGACAUCAACAGGUCUGACGCUGGGGAGCUGGACCUGGAGAGCUCCCAGAAGGCCAAGGAGUCGCUGAGCUGCGAGCUGAGCAGGGCUGAGUUUGCUGAGGCCCUGGGCCUCAAGGCCCACUCCAUGUUCGUGGAGUCCAUGUUCUCCCUGGCCGACAAGGACGGCAACGGCUACAUCUCCUUCCGCGAGUUCCUGGACAUCCUGGUGGUCUUCAUGAAAGGCUCCCCAGAGGAGAAGUCCAAGGUGAUGUUCAGGAUGUAUGACAUUGAUGAGAAUGGCUUCCUCUCCAAGGAGGAGUUCCUCAGGAUGCUCAGGUCCUUCAUCGAGAUCUCCAACAACUGCCUGUCGCGGGAGCAGGCGGAGCAGGUCACCGAGUCCAUGUUCCGCGCCUCGGGCUUCCAGGACCGCGACGAGCUGACCUGGGAGGACUUCCACUACAUGCUGCGGGACCACGACAGCGACCUGCGCCUCACCCAGCUCUGCGUCAGGGGUGUCCCUGAAGUGUUCAAGAAGAACUUCUGCAACCGUGUCUCCUUCAUAGAGAGGAAACAGCCCAAGGGAACCAUCUCCGAGGAGGACCAAGCCCCAGGCCUGGUGACUGUGCACAGCUGCGUGGAGCGAGAAGGGCAGGAGCUGAGGAGGAGACCGGGCAGGAGGCUGAACCCGCGGCAGCUGCGGCUGUACACGGAGGCGCAGCGCAGGAAGCUGGAGAGGAGCAGGGCGCAGCAGAAGCUGCAGGAGCUGAAGCGCUUCGUGGAGAACUACCGGCGCCACAUCGCCUGCACCGGGCUCUUCUGCGCCGUCACUGCCGGCGUCUUCGUCGAGAGGGCCUACUACUACGCCUUCGCCUCGCCCAGCACCGGCAUCUCCCAGGCCACCCUGGUGGGGAUCAUCAUCUCCCGGGGCUCUGCCGCCUGCAUCUCCUUCCUCUACUCCUACCUGCUGCUCACCAUGUGCCGCAACCUGCUGACGGCGCUGCGGGAGACCUUCCUCAACCGAUACAUCCCCUUCGACGCCGCCGUCGACUUCCACCGCUGGGUGGCCAUGGCAGCCCUGCUCUUCUCGGUGCUGCACACCGCAGGCCACGUGGUGAACGUCUACAUCUUCUCUGUCACUCCUCUCAGCGUCCUGUCCUGCCUCUUCUCCACUGCCUUCACCAAUGACGGCUCCCAGCUGCCACAGAAGUACUACUGGUGGUUCUUCCAGACCAUCCCAGGGGUGAGCGGGGUGCUGCUGCUGGGGGUGCUGGCUGUCAUCUACGUCUUUGCCACGCACCACUUCCGCCGGGUCAGCUUCCAGGCCUUCUGGCUCACCCACCACCUCUACCUGCUGCUCUACGGCCUGAUCCUCAUCCACGGCAGCUACGCGCUGAUCCAGCAGCCCCGCUUCCACCUCUACUUCCUGGUGCCGGCCCUGCUCUACGGCGCGGACAAGCUGCUCAGCCUCAGCAGGAAGAAGGUGGAGAUCAGCGUGGUGAAGGCCGAGCUGCUGCCCUCGGGGGUCACCCACCUGCGGUUCCAGCGCCCGCAGGGCUUCGACUACAAGUCCGGGCAGUGGGUGCGGGUGGCCUGCACGGCGCUGGGCACCUCCGAGUACCAUCCCUUCACCCUCACCUCCGCGCCCCACGAGGACUGCCUCAGCCUGCACAUCCGCGCCGUGGGGCCCUGGACCACCCGGCUGCGGGAGCUCUGCUCGCCCGAGAGCCUGGCACUCAUGGGCACCCUGCCCAAGCUCUACCUGGAUGGGCCCUUUGGGGAAGGGCACCAGGAGUGGCACAAGUUCGAGGUGUCGGUGCUGGUGGGCGGGGGCAUCGGCGUGACACCCUUCGCCUCCAUCCUCAAGGACCUGGCCUUCAAGUCGUCCCUCGGCUGCAAGCUGCUGUGCAAGAAGAUCUACUUCAUCUGGGUGACUCGCACCCAGCGGCAGUUCGAGUGGCUGGCAGACAUCAUCCGCGAGGUGGAGGAGACCGACCGGCAGCAGCUGGUCUCGGUGCACAUCUACAUCACGCAGCUGCCCGAGAAGUUCGACCUGCGCACCACCAUGCUGUACAUCUGCGAGCGGCACUUCCAGAAGGUGCUGAACCGCAGCCUGUUCACCGGCCUGCGCUCCAUCACCCACUUCGGCCGCCCACCCUUCGUUCCCUUCUUCAGCUCCCUGCAGGAGGUGCACCCCGAGGUGCAGAAGAUCGGAGUGUUCAGCUGCGGGCCGCCCGGGAUGACCAAGAGCGUGGAGAAGGCCUGCAGGCAGCUCAACAGGAAGGACCAAACCUACUUUGCACACCACUAUGAGAACUUCUGA